GCGCAUUUCACUGUCAUUCUGUGCAAACUGUCCCUGGGAAGAUUCAUCAUGUCCAACAAGAACUCUUCGGUGGACUCUUGCGAAACGUUCGACAAGGAGCUUUCAACACCUACCACCACAGGCACCAGCGAUGCAGGCUUCGCUGGAGAUAUGGAGUCGGGCAGUGAGAAGAAGCCAAUAUGUUAGUCAACUCAUGAAGGGACGCGCAGGCGUACUGAUCGUUGCAGGGGCGUGGCCAACACGGCUCAUGAGUCGGUGGCAUUCGAAUAUCGCGAGAAAAACCGACGAGCCACUUGAACAACCUGAUCACAGGUCCCCUCUGACCAGAAGGCGUACGUUGAGCAUACAAUUUGAAGGAGAAAUGCCAUAUUGACGAUGCCGCAGUCGAAGAAAUUCCUCGUGGAUAUCCCGCCAUCGCAGCGUUCAAGUCGAGUGACCGAAACUUUCUCCAAUUCCGAGGAUUCAAUUAUUUGCAUUGUCGUGUUCUUUCCGACCUCCAGCAUGGCAUUGAGCUACUGGAAGAGGAGCUAGACGACCUUGACCAGCAUGACCACGGGAGUAACCAGAGAAGACUGCAAAGCAGACUGGAUGAUCUCGAGCAAUCGACCGAAGAUCCGACAGCAUCAAUGUAUCCGGAGGAAAUUGUUCGAAACCGUCCUGAGGUUCUCACUGAGCUCAAGAUGAAGCUCCUCGAAUACGAUACUGUUCUUUUGAGGACCAAGGAAUGGUCUCACUGCAGCGACCUGCGUCGCGGGACUAUCAGACCAUGAAGAACUGGUUCGCGUUUCGUGAGCCAAUCACUCGUGGGGAAGCGAGGUACAUCCGCAAGAAGGAGGAUAUCGUAACGUUGAGGACUGGUCGAGAGAGCGCCGGGUUCGACGGCUUCGUAGAACGAUGUUUGACCCGCCUGGACUGCUGGCUGAAAGCAUGCGGAAGUAACAUGAUCCAGCGUAUCUUUCUGACUCGGGAGUUGCAGAACAAGACGGGGGACGAGAAGGAUAAAAAGUACAUCAGCUACUUUGCUCCAGCCCGCAUCGAUGCUCUUGUGAACUUCAUCAUAACCGUCAUCAUCUUCAUUUUGCUGGUUCUGCCCGUAGUGGUCAUGUAUCGAAUCACGGAGACGAGCGCGGCCCAGUCACCACUGGAUGCUAUCGGUGUACUGAUCGUAUUCACCUGUGUAUUCGGUAUGGCCAUGUCCUCACUCACGACAGCCAAGAGGCAUGAGCUCUUUGCCGCUUCAGCAGCGUAUGCUGCCGUGGUGGUGUUCAUUGGCAACUUUGGCGUUCAACAGGUCGAGUUUCUGAAUCAACCUAAGUGAGUUGCCGUUCUCGCGAGCAAGCUAA